AUGGAGGUAAACGAGGGGGGCGGGUCUCACCCGCCCGCCUCAAUAAAACGGCUAAGGCCUACGGAUGAAGGAGGAGGCGUAGGCGCUGGACGAUCGGACUGCGGCGAUGAGCGAGAUGCGUAUCUGCCCUAUUACAAACCGAACUAUAAAAGACUUUAUCCUGAAAACUCAACCAACACAGACUUUAAAGUGUAUGUGGAGUCCACAAACGACGAUAGAUUGGGCAACAAGAGCCCUAUAUAUUUAAAUCAUAUUUUCGCAAUGGACAUAAAAGGUGUGACGGGUAUUCAGAGGGUGAAUGCCAAUAAAAUAGCAGUAAUAUUCAAGCAGUAUAAUACGGCAAAUAAUUUUAUUAAUAAUACCACUUUCCUGACAAAAUAUGACAUGAAGGCGUUCAUACCGGCAGCGCAAAUUGAAAAAACCGGCAUAAUUAGAUUUGUUCCAGCGAACAUCUCUAACAAAGAACUAUAUACUAGACUUUCUUCAGUAUAUGAAAUAGUGGCAAUAAGAAGGUUUUCAAAGAAGGUAGGACAAGAGCGCAUUGCAUUGCAAACUGUAAGCAUCACUUUCUUAUCUAAUGUACUGCCUAAUAAUGUACAAUACGAUCUAUUCUCGUACAGAGUUUUCGAAUACAUUCCACCUUUACUACAGUGCUAUAGGUGUUUUAAAUUCAAUCAUUCAGCUAAGAUUUGUAAUGGGAAACAAAGAUGUAGUAUUUGCGGAGGUGAACACUUGUAUAAGCAAUGUGAUAAACCAACUGAGAUCAGCUGCAUAAAUUGCAGUGGGCCUCAUCUUGCGAUUUCUAGAUUAUGUCCUAUCAAAAUAAAGAAGAUUAGUGAAAAGAAAAGCAACAUAUCUUAUGCAAGUGUUGCCUUAACAAAACAAGUUACCACCAAUGAAACAGAUUUCCCUCCACUCCCACCACCAAAACCACAACUUGUAAAUAGUAAUGUUAUUGUAAAUAAGUCUGUAAAUAUCUCUGCAAAUAAGUCGGAUGUAAAUAAAGUUAAAAUAGUCCCUUCUAAGGACCUUAAAAAUCAAAUAAUUUCCAACAACGAUGUACUUAUGGCCCUAGUGCAGACGUUGGUGGAAUUAGCCAAUAAAGAUGACAGUACACCUACUAAUAUGAAAACUAUAAAAGAUGCAUUAUUAAAAAAUUUAACAUAA